CGCGUAUCACUCCUUGUACAUGCGCGUGGUCUCGUGGUGGAUUCCGCCCCCACCCGUCCCGUGGGGCGCGUUCCUCGACCCCGAAGCGGCUCGACAAGGCCCGGUACGACAGAUCCUCGACGCCAGCAACAACAGAUUCGUCAAAGCGACCCCGUACAUCAUCAGGUAUCAGGCUGGUCCGGGGCAAGAACGCUGUGGAAGUCUCCCUCCAGGCGGCCGGCAAUCUCUGGACUGCGGGAUCAACGAUGGCCUGGGCGCCAUCAGCCCGCACGCCCCGAGUCCCGACACCCCCGGAUGUCCGUACCGGUUUCCGGCCCACGCGCCCCGGCGGCGAAACUACCAGCGGAUCGCCGAGUACCCCUAG